UGCAGCCGCAAUGACUUCUCAAACAGAUAGGCUCGACCGCAAACGUUGCACUUGAAGUUUUUCUCCAAGACUGAAAAAGAUGGCAGAUUGUAGUUUAUUACUAGGCGAUAAUUAAAGAUAUAUACAAAUAAUAAGGACAAUUCUUAGAGUAUUUGCUGGCAUGCUGCUCUCCAGGAUUUCGAACGGUGGAUGGAGUUGGUUAUGCAUUGAGUCGGUAAAUCGAAGCUACAAAUACGUAACGCUGAAGGUAAAGUUAUUCAAAACUCCAAUUACGAAAGUUAAGUUUAGGGGUAUACUCUACAAACGAUUUAGCGGCUAUAGACAUUUCAUGUUUAAUGUCACCGUGGAUGCCUGUAGAUUCUUGAACGAUACAAGGACGAACCCAAUAGUUAGUUACUUUUUGGGGUUCUUUAAACCCUUCUCGAAUAUUAACCACACUUGCCCCUUUGAUCAUGAUCUUAUUGUGUAUAAGGUUGCCAUAGACUUUGUUAACUAUCGAGUUACGAAGGUUCUACCUUUUCCAGAAGGCGCUUACUUACUGGAAACCCAUUGGAUUGCUUACGAUAUCAAUCGGACAGUGAUCACGAAAUAUGAUAAGAUAUUUAAAGGAAAUCUCGACUUGAUGGAUAUGAUAUGAUAUUGUUUUAGAUCAUAUCACAUGAUAUUUUCACAAUAAAUUGGAUAUCGAUAUAAAGGACAUCCCGACUCGAUCCCAGCGCACUCACCUUCAGA